UGCUUGACGGUAAUUAACGACGGUUGCGUGUUUGAGUGGCUAACCCGCCUUAAUUUUCCCUGUUGAACAGGAGAAAGAGUUUGUUUGGCUUUACCCCAUCAGAAAAGCUUUAAGAAGAACAGUCUCCAAAACUUUCUAAACUGCCUGAGAGCAGCGGGGUCCAUGGAGAGAGCUGCUGAUGGCUGAGGAGCUGUGCACCGGCUGGUUUCGUAUCAUUGCAGGUACAGUAGGCUCUUUGGAGAUUGAGGAAUGCAAAUCUGCAACCAUGAUGGAAGGAUUGAAAAAACGUACCAGGAAGGCCUUUGGGAUACGGAAGAAAGAGAAGGACAAUGAUUCCACGGGGUCUCCAGACAGAGAUGGUGAACCUCGAGAGGUUGAAUCGAAGAAGACGAACGGGGCCCCGAAUGGCUUCUAUGGAGAUAUCGACUGGGACAGAUACAACUCUCCUGAGGUGGAUGAUGAAGGCUACAGUAUCAGACCUGAAGAUGAAUUAGAAGAGGAAGUCGCCACCAAAAAGUCUCACUUCUUCUCCUCCGAUGAGUCCGAGGGAGAAGAGGACCACAGGAAAAAAUUCAAGAUCAAGAUCAAGCCGCUGCCGCCCGAUCGUGUUGUGGAGGCGCCCUCGGUCGAUGAGCUCAAAGCCUCCAUAGGCAACAUAGCUCUGUCCCCGUCUCCCAUGGUGAGUAGAUCUGGUUUCACUGGUCCGUCUCUCAAUCAGCAAACACCAGUCUCUGAAGACACCACAGGCUUAUUUGGGCCUCCUUUAGAAACAGCCUUUGGAGAACAGAAAACUGAAGCGGUUCUGUCUGAGUGUGACGUGUGGGGGACUCCUCUAUCAGAGCCUGAAUCCUCUUUGACAAGAUCCUUUCCCACAGGAACUCCACCUCCACUUCCACCCAAGAACGUCCCAGCUUCUCCACCAAAUAGCCCUCCGUCUGCAGAUGAUGCUGAAGCGUCUGCAGGAGCAGACAGGAAGCCUUCAAUCGCCGACUUGGACAACAUUUUCGGACCGGAGCAGGCUCCCCCUGCCUGCGAGGAGACGGGCGACUCGUGGGUCUGCUUCAGCGAAGAAGCUCCCGACCAGCCGCCUCCACCAAAGGACCCCGCACCUCCCCUCCCCUCCUCCCCACCUCCUCCAGAAGAACCAGCACCUCCAUUACCAGCCUCCUCUCCUCCACCUGUGCUUCAUGCCCCACCCUUACCUACAUCACCACCUCCUUCGGAAGACUUUGCACCACCUCUGCCUACUUCACCUCCCCCAGAAGAUGAUGUUGUUCCCCCUCUCCCAACUUCCCCGCCUCCCUCAGAGGAACAAGUCGUACCUUCUGUCCGUUCGGGUCCUCCCACUCCCAAAGACCAAAACCCUCCCACGCUCGCCACCUCUCCGUCUCCUGCAACAAAGGAGCUUUCAUCUCCUCCCGUUUCCUCCCCUCCUCCUCUUAGUUCACCUCCAAGUGUCCCACCUGCGCCCACCCCCAAAAUAAGCACUCCAGCAGCGACGCCUCCUUCCGAGGAGCCUGCGGCUCGCUCCGUCCCGCCGCCUCUCGUCCUCUGUCAAGAAGAGAAGCCCAACAAUACAAGCACCACCCAUCCCAAAGAGGAUGGAGGUGAAACUGUCACUUCGCCCAAAGAUGCAAUCCAAGGCAGUAGAAGUACACCUCCGCCACCACCUCCUCCAACGUACCGCGCAGUGGUUUCAUCACCUGGUCCCACAUCUGGGGCCGGCGGCACGAAUAGCGGUGAGCGCUUCAAGAUUCUCACUGAAAUAUAUUUGUUGGUCAACCCCACCCCGCCUCCCCCUCCACCUCGUCCCCCUUCACGACCCAAACUUCCUCCAGGGAAACCUAGUGUAGGCGAUGCGAAUCGCCCAUUCAGCCCACCGAUUCACUCGGCCAGCCCUCCACCCAUUGCUCCGUUGGCGAGGGCUGAGAGCACCUCCUCCAUCUCCUCCACCAACUCGAUGAGUGCCGCCACCACUCCUACUGUGGGCAAGGAGCUUUCUGUGUCUGUGACAGAGGAUGAUGUAUAUGUAGACAAACUUCCCACCUUUGAGAGACACUUUGAUUCGUUUGCAGAGAAUGACCAGCCAUCCCUUGUAUGGUUUGACAGAGGGAAGUUUUAUUUAACCUUUGAAGGCUGCUCUCGAGGGCCCAGUCCUCUCACCAUGGGAGCUCAGGACACACUUCCUGUGGCGGCUGCGUUCACAGAAACAGUCAACACCUUCUUUAAAGGAGCCGAUCCCAACAAGUGUGUUGUGAAGAUCAUAGGUGAGAUGGUUUUGUCGUUUCCGGCGGGAAUCACGCGGCACUUUGCCAAUAACCCGUCCCCCGCCGUGCUAACCUUCAGCAUAACCAACUACAGUCGACUGGAGCAUGUGCUGCCUAACCCCCAGCUCCUCUGCUGCGACACCACCACGCAAGCCAAGGCUGACAGCAAGGACUUCUGGGUGAACAUGCCAAACCUGAUAUCGCAUUUAAAGAAGGUGGCAGAGCAGAAACCACAAGCGACGUACUACAACGUGGACAUGCUCAAGUAUCAGGUGUCAACACAGGGCCUGCAGUCGACUCCUCUGAACCUGGCAGUGAGCUGGAGGUGCGAGCCCACCAGCACUGACUUGAGGAUAGACUACAAAUACAACGGGGAGGCCAUGUCGACGGCGAUGGCCCUCAACAACGUUCAGUUCCUCGUCCCCAUUGAUGGAGGCGUUUCAAAGCUACAGGCUGUCCUACCUCCUGCUGCAUGGAAUGCAGACCAGCAACGAAUCCUGUGGAAGAUCCCCGAUAUCUCCCACAAAUCUGAAAAUGGAGGUGUGGGCUCGUUGUUAGCACGCUUUCAGCUAACAGAAGGUCCGAGUAAACCGGCUCCACUGGCGGUGCAGUUUACCAGCGAAGGCAGCACCCUGUCAGGCUGUGACAUCGAGCUGGCCGGGCCAGGGUACCGCUUCUCGCUCGUCAAGAAGAGGUUUGCUGCAGGAAAAUACCUGGCUGAUAACUGACCCAUCGCUGAACAAAGUGAACGCAGUGGACGGAGGUCGACGCCGAGGACAGAGGACAGACGGACACCAGACAGACUCUGUGAUCCUUUUCUGAACCCACACAACAGGUCUGCAGCCCGCCCAGCAGUAUUGUAUAACUCGCAUAUAACAUUGUGGAACUGUUAUAGGUCAUGUAAUUAUUGUAUUUGUAUUCAUUUCAUAACAUCUGUAUUGCUGCACUUAGACACAAAUGGGUUCUUUCCUCCUCUGUAGUCUGUGCCUCUGUCUCCGUCCUCCUCUGGUCAACGUGUGGUGGUGUUUUUAAAGUUUUUCACUGCAGCUGCCUGACCAAACAAGGAAGGAACAGAUUUUUAAUUCUUGUUAAUGUGAAAGUUUUGGCCAUUUAAAAAAGAAAAAAUCCUCGUUGUGGUUAGACGUGCGUCAAAUCUGAACACAUCCAGAGUCGGAUGGGAUGAAGUUAGUAAGUUAAACAGCCUCAACCUCUGGGAUAAGAAUACUAGAGGUGUACUCACUGUUUUGCACUGAUCCAUGUAGCUGCUUUACAUGACACACCAUCAGCUGUCACAGGUAAAAGUGGGUCCUUCUUCUUGGUGCUUGUGUGCGACCUGUAUGAAACUAGAUUUCCAAGCAUCGCCUGCUGGUAUUACAUGACACAUCCUGCUAAAGACACCAGUUAGCCAGUCAAACCACUAUUCUAUUUCUCUGUUAUAUACACUCGCAUGCAGGGAGGUUGUAAGGAUGUUAGGCAGCUGCAAUGACUAGUCAGUUUCACUGGUAAAAUAAGGAACUAUGUUUUCGUGUCAGAACAAAAGAAGUGUACAAAGUGUCAUUUAAGUCGAAAAUGUAUAUCUUAAAGGGCGUUUGGUGUUUUCCUCGUAUCGUCAGAUAGCCUUCCUGUUCACAGGACAGCAGUGUUAGACUGCAGAGUACAUGACAGCAUUCUAUUUUUAUUUAUUGAUGACAAUGACUUGUUGUAUAAAACAUGUGAUUCUGUAUAUGAAUAGAGUUUGAAUGGUAUCACACGACUCGAACCCUUAAAGGUAUAAAUAUUUAAAUUCCUUCUCAUUUUUUGUUAUCUGUGUAGUUGGGUAACCUGUGUACAGUAUAAGGUCUAAUUUUUUGAAUUUAUUUCAGAUAUAAUUUUUUAACUCAAGUGCAACAGAAGAAUUGACCUAUAUAUGGGUGGGGGAGGGGUAAUUUAAAGACAAAAGAUGAAUAUCUUUCUGGAUUCUGUGUAAUGCUUUGUGAAAGCAGUGUUAAUGUAGAGUUAGCUAUUACAUGGCCAAGAUUCACGCUUUGAGGAAUAAGUUUGAUAUUUUUGGAUGAUGGUGUGACAACUGCCGGGAAACUGCUAGCAUGCUAAAAAGACCUGGAAAGGCUUGCCAGUCUGUGUCUGUCAGCACCCAGAAAGCUGAUUAAUACACAGUGUCAUGUUUCUUCUUUAAUAAUAGGGUGUAAAAACACCCUGUUGUAUUCGUCAUUAACAAGUUUAUUUAGCUUGAGAGCACUGCACGGGUCCGAAAAUGCUAAUGGCGUUCAUCCACACUAGACGUUAAUGUCUCUGUCAGGAUAAAAGGCAGCAUUUUAGUAACACCCUGUCAUUUUCUCUUGCGCCAUCACCAGGUCAGACUUUUCAUUAGUUCAUGACUCUGGUUUAUUAAAUAAAUGUUCCCUCAACAGUUCUGUUAGCCUUAUCUAUGCUUGUUCUGGUGAGCUAAUUUUAGCAU